AUGUUGGGUCCAUCAGACAAGGAUGCAGCAAAAAAUAAAUUGGUAGCAAUUGCAAUAGACAGAGAUAAAGGAAGCCAGGGUGCAAUGAAAUGGGCUGUUGAAUAUAUAUUGAGCAAAGGCCAGAAUAUUCUUUUGGUUCAUGUCAAAGCUAGAUCUUCUAAUUCUGCCACAUCUGUUGCCUCCUCAAAGUCGAGCCAGGUGUCUGAUUUUGAUGAUGAAACUGGAUCCGCAUCAGGAGAUGCUGAUUGCAAAGAUGUGUUCAGACCUUUCCGAGCUUUUUGUACACGUAAAGAUAUUAACUGUCAUGAUGUUCUCCUAGAAGACAAUGAUGUAUCCAGAGGAAUAGUCCAGUAUGUCACGGAAACAGCAAUAGAAAUUUUGGUGAUUGGUGCUGGCUCGAAAGGAGGGUUUUUCAGAUUUAAUAAGAAAGAUAUUCCUGGAAGUGUGUCAAAAGGUAUACCUGAUUUUUGUACUAUAUACGUCAUCUCUAAGGGAAAGAUCUCCAGCACGCGAGCUGCUUCAAGGCCUGUCCCGUUUAUUUCACCCAUCCGUAGCCAAAUACUGCACCAGCCUAGCACCAGAACUGAAUCGGAGAUAUCAAUACCCAUCCCCAACAGUGCAAAAGUUCCAAGGCCACCACCGGAGCAAACUUCUCAUAGCCUUCCAAGUGAUGUGGGUUCCAGAUCACCAUUCGCGAGGAGAGGCAGAAAUUCAAUUGAUCUUGAUCUAUCCUUCAACAGUUCUGGUAGACCGAGCACUGAUCGCCUGUAUCCCUCAUUCGACAGUUUUGAGACGAGUUCAACCCCAAGGCUUUCAAACUUUUCAAACUUUUCAGACUUAGACAACCCUGCAUUUGAACCAUUUCAAAACGAAAGAAGAUCAAUGGACGAUAGAAGAUCAAUGGAUACUUUCACAACUGAACUCUCAUAUGCCUCGGGUGACAGUGAUAUUCUGGGCUCAUCACCAACGUUAAAUAUGAAUACUGAUAUCGGUCUUGGUCUUCGUAUUAUACAAUUCAAGGAUGAUUUAGAAUCAGAGAUGAAAAGACUUAAGCUGGAGCUCAAGCAAACAAUGGAUAUGUACAGUACAGCUUGUAAAGAAGCACUCACAGCUAAACAGAAGGCAAUGGAGCUCCAGCGCUGGAAAAUGGAAGAAACGCAGAGACUAGAAGAGGCCCGGAUCGCUGAGGAACAUGCAAUGGCACUUGCAGAAAGAGAGAAGGCCAGGUCCAAGGCAGCUAUAGAGCACGCUGAAGCUGCUCAGAGGCUUGCAGAGAUUGAAGCAAAAAAGAGGGUUACUGCAGAAAUGAAAUCGUUGAAAGAGUCUGGAGAGAAGGACGAGACAAUGACUUCAGUGGCAAAGACGGAUUUAAGGUACAGAAAGUACACGAUUGAGGAGAUAGAAGAAGCAACUGAAUUCUUUGCCAAGUCUCGUAAGAUUGGUGAAGGAGGUUACGGGCCAGUAUACAAAUGUUAUCUGGACCACACACCUGCUGCUGUUAAGGUUUUACGCCCAGAUGCAGCUCAAGGGAGAUCACAGUUUCACCAAGAGGUUGAAAUACUAAGCUGCAUGCGGCAUCCUAACAUGGUUUUACUCCUUGGAGCUUGCCCUGAGUACGGGUGCUUAGUAUAUGAGUACAUGUCAAACGGAAGUUUAGAAGACCGUCUUCUUCAGAAAGGAAACACGAAACCACUAUCUUGGCAGCAUAGGUUUCGGAUUGCAGCUGAGAUUGGAACAGGGCUCCUUUUCCUUCACCAAACAAAACCAGAACCACUAGUUCAUCGCGACCUAAAACCUGGAAAUAUCUUGCUUGACCGCAACUUUGUUGGCAAAAUUAGUGAUGUUGGAUUGGCCAGGCUUGUCCCUCCAACAGUGGCAGAUUCUGUUACUCAGUAUCGUAUGACAUCUACAGCAGGAACUUUUUGCUAUAUAGAUCCAGAGUAUCAGCAAACAGGCAUGCUCGGUGUAAAGUCUGACGUAUACUCCUUAGGAAUCAUGUAUUUACAGAUCAUAACUGCCAAACCACCUAUGGGAUUAACACAUAUUGUUGAAAAGGCUAUUGAAAAUGGAACUUUUCAUGAGAUUCUGGAUCAAUCUGUUCCUGAUUGGCCGGUUGAAGAGGCAUUAAGCUUUGCCAAGAUCUCUCUUCAGUGUGCUGAGCUACGGAGAAAAGAUAGACCAGAUCUUGGCACAGUUGUCUUGCCAGAGCUUGAGCGUUUGAGGGACCUUGCUGAAGACAACAUGACAGAUGCAAUGUUGUACGGGACAGGUCUCUCCCCCAACCAAAGUCAGGCCUCCAUGUCUCAACUUUUUAACCAAACCAUGCAGAUGAGUUAUCCGCAAUCUGGCUAUACCAGUGACAGUAUUACAAGCACAGGUCCUGAUAGUUGA